ACCAUUCGCGGUCCGUACUGUUUACACUUUUUAAACGCUCCGCUCCUCUGACACUUUUGACCCUCGCUGGCUUUCCGUAGGCGAACGGCAGCGGCCUCACCGCGCAUGCUCGGCGUCUGACAAGAGAAGUCAACGGCGUGGGAACAAAAACAUGGCGGCGUGCGGGAGGUCAUGGCUGUUCGCCCGGUACCGGACAGGAAUUUUGACUCCCGCCAGACUCCUCAGCGACGGGGAAACCACGACGUUCAAGCCGCCCGUCAAGCCGUUAAUUGUGGAUAAGAAAGCGUCACAGGAAUCGCUGAAACGGUUUUUGAGUCCAGAAUUCAUCCCCCCUCGAUGCAGGAAGAAACCCCUGACGUUCUACCUGGAAAGACAAGACAUGAUCGAGAGGAGGAAAGUCCUUAACAUUCCGGAGUUUUACGUAGGCAGCAUUCUUGCGGUGACAGUGGCCGAUCCUCAUGCGAGCAAGAAGAACAACAGAUUUGUGGGAAUUUGCAUUGAUAGAUCUGGACACGGCCUGGGGGCCACGUUCCUGCUGCGAAAUGUUAUCGACGGACAAGGGGUGGAAAUAAGAUACGAGAUAUACAACCCCCUUAUCCAAGAAAUCCAAGUGUUAAAGCUGGAGAAGAGAGUGGACGACAAGUUGUUCUACUUGCGCGACGCUCUCCCGGAGUACAGCACCAUCGAUAUUAAUAUGAAGCCUAUCCUGUGCCUGGACCCAGAAGUUCCUGUAAACCAGAUCCAAGUGAGGAUGAAGCCGCGACCCUGGUCCAAGCGUUGGGAACAGAUGAAACACAACAUUAAAGGGAUCAACUUUGAUUAUUAUCUCCUGGAGAAGCACAAAGAGAGGGCCAAGAAGUCCGCCAAGCCCUGGCUGGAGUUUGACAUGUUAAAGGAAUAUGACACCAGCAAAAUAGAGAAGGAAAUAUUAGAGGAAGUCAACCAAAAACUGAAUCGGACUGAAAUCGGUACCGGCGCGGCGUGAAGAGGCGGCGAGGAGAUGAUGCCGAGGGAGGGUCAUUCUAUAUAUUAUGUGAAUUAAAGCUUUAUACAGUGAC